GUUGUAGCUCAUCGCAGCUGGUGAGCUACAACAAACACGGUUAGAAAUAGUGUAUUUUUCUUUUCUUUUUUUUUUGUGGCCAAUUUUAUCAUGAACGAUAAAACAAUGGAAAAAGGACAGGAAUUGAACAGCGUGGAACCAAACAAAGAGCAAGCAAAGGAGGAGGUUAGUCUGGACUGGCUGCUUAGAAAAGACAACUCAGAGAUACCUGUUGUUCCCAUGGACAGCAACAUCUCACUAUCAAGCCAGUGUAAUGUCAAUGUUGACAACAUUCAACCUACUACAUUCACAAGGGAGCGAGUAUUUAAGGCCGUGUCCCAGGGAGACCCAGCCCAGCUGGAAGGCCUGCUUGACUCCCUCAGAAUUAUUAAGAAACAACUUACGAGCCCAUAUUUCACAGAUGAAAGAAAUGGGAAAACGGCUCUAAUGAAAGCUUUGCUGAACCUGAAAGAUGGGAAAAAUGACACUAUUGAAACCCUCCUGGACAUAGCAGAGAAAACGGAUGAUUUAGAAAAUGUGAUCAAUGCGUCUUACAAGGAUCCUUACUACAAAGGUCAGACAGCAUUGCACAUCGCCAUUGAGAGGAGGAGCUUUGACCAUGUGAAGCUGCUGGUCCAGAAAGGAGCAGAUGUCCAAGCCAAAGCCAGUGGAACUUUCUUUCAGAAUAAUGGAGAGCUUGGCUUUUAUUUUGGGGAACUCCCGCUGUCACUAGCCGCUUGCACAAACCAGCCAGAUAUUGUGUCCUUUCUCAUUGAAAACCCUUACAGAGGAGCUGACUUGACGGACAAAGACUCACAAGGAAACACGGUGCUGCAUGCCUUGGUGGUCAUAGCAGAUAACACAACAGAAAACACAGUGAUGAUUGCAAGCAUGUACGAUGAGGUCCUCAUUCAGCACAACAAGAUUGGGAAAAAAAGACAAGUCCUUUUGGAAGCUAUUGAAAAUAAUCAAGGUCUGACUCCUCUGAAGUUAGCUGCAAAGCUAGGGAAGAUUGGGUUGUUCAAGCAUAUGUUGAAUCGUGAAUUCAUGAACGAAGAAACAAGGCCGCUUUCAAGGAAAUUUACGGAGUGGGUCUACGGACCUGUUCACUGCUCACUCUAUGACAUGAGCUCCAUCGACACCAACGAGGACAACUCUGUGUUGGAGAUAAUCGUCUGUGGGAGCGAAAUUCCGAAUCGCCCUGAGAUGCUCAAGAUCGAACCUCUCAACAGUCUUCUUCAGGAUAAAUGGACGAGAUUUGCUUCGAAAUUAUUCCUGAUGAACUUCUUAGCUUAUUUGAUAUACCUCGCCAUCUUCACCACUGUGGCCUUCUACAGAAAGGACGGAAAGCCACCAUUUCCCGUAGAAAACAGCUCACUAGACCAUCUCCGUUGUGCCGGUGAGCUGAUCAGUGUCCUCGGAGCUGUGAGGUUUCUUUAUAAAACGAUAACUAUUUUCCGGAGGAACCCCCCAAAUUUCAUGUCCCUGGUCACUGAUGGAUUCAGUGAAUUUCUGUUUUUCAUGCAGGCAGCCCUCCUUUUGAUCUGUGUGGUUUUGUACUUCUCUGGGAGGAGGGAAUACGUCGGGCUCCUCGUGCUUUCGCUGGCUCUCGCCUGGGUGAACGUUCUUUAUUACAUGAGAGGAUCUAAGCAACUGGGGAUGUACAACGUCAUGAUGCAGCGCAUGAUCCUCGGUGACCUGUUACACUUUUUAUGCGUCUACAGUGUCUUGCUUUUUGGAUUUUCUGCUGCUGUUGUCACUCUCAUAGAUGACUCACCCCCACCUCACAAAAAACUGACGAAUGGCACCCUGGCGCGAGGCAGGAGCGCCGAUGUCGAGCCGUUCAAGUGCAGAAAGCCAAGUUACAAUGACAUCGGCUUUACAACGCUGGAGCUCUUCAAGUUCACUAUUGGGAUGGGAGAUCUGGAGUUCACUGACCAUGUUCAAUACAAGGCUGUUUUCUACAUUCUGCUCAUCAGCUACAUAGUUCUCACUUACAUCCUGCUGCUCAACAUGCUCAUAGCUCUGAUGGGAAACACAGUUGAAAAGAUCUCUAAGCAGAAUGAAAGCAUCUGGAACCUACAGAGGGCUUUUACAAUUCUGGACAUGGAGAGGACUCUACCGAGGUGGCUGAGGAACAGGCUUCACUCCAGCGUCUCGGAUAUGGUGUGUUUCAAAAACAACCUGGAUAAGGCUCGUCGAUUUGUCAGGGUAACUGAAAUGAACUGGAAACAAUGGAGGUCAGAUCUUCGUGUGAAACUGGAAGAAGAUCCUGCAAAUGAAAUGAUGAAUCUUGAGCCUCAUGUUGAGACUCCUGAGACUCCGUGGAACGUCAAUCAGCUCCUGGGGAGGAUUCAUCACAGACGAGGUCGACGGCACGAAACCAGCAUUCUCUAGUGGAGUUAAAAUCAAAAACAUCCAAGUUUCUGAUUUUUUUUUUUUCCCCCCUUAAAGAUUUUUGUAUUGAAUGUUUUAACAGCUUUCAUUUAUUUGGAGGACAGUCACAACUUUAUUUAACACUUAUCUGAGCCCUCUUUAAUGUAUGCAUUUCCCAUUUGUUAUUUCCGAGACAUUUCAACGCUUUAUAAUAGUGAAACCACCAGAGGUGGUACAGCUCUAAUGGCUCUGCUAGCACCCCCUAGUGGAGAGAUCUUUAAACUACAGCCCUAUUUAUGGGUGCCAGAAAAGUUGAUAUUGUUUAAAAAGUAACUUUACUGCAGUUUUCUUUAGAAAACUACUGUUUAUUGUUAAAUAAAACA